AUGUAUUUUUUCAAUGGUAUUACAGCCAACGGCAGAGCGACGGCAUGCGGCGGCGUCUUAAUUAGUAAACGCUACGUCCUCACCGCCGCUCAUUGCAUCAAGGGCAAGGACCUACCGGUCAACUGGCACCUGACCAGUGUCCGCCUGGGCGAAUACGACACAGACGCUGAAAGAGAUUGCGUGCCAGAUGGUGACGAUAGUGUGGUUUGCGCUGAUGAUCCGGUAACCGUAGGGGUAGAGGAACAGAUCGCCCAUGAAGAAUAUCGGCCACUGUCGCGGGAUCAACGCUACGACAUUGCACUGCUGCGUCUCAGCCGCGACGUAACAUUCACCACCUUCAUCAAGCCCAUUUGCCUGCCGUCCAGCUCGUCGCUCGGUGGCAAGCUCUAUGUGGCUGGCUGGGGCAAGACAGAGACCCGCUCUGCCUCAAACAUUAAACUAAAGCUGGCGCUGCCCUUGGCGGAUAAGGAUCAGUGCGAACAGACCUACACUAACGCCGGUGUCCAACUCGGCUAUGGGCAAAUCUGUGCGGGUGGCCAGAGAGGCAAAGACUCGUGCCGGGGUGACUCAGGUGGACCUCUGAUGGCCGUCGAGAGGAUCGCCGAUGGUACUGGCAGAUGGACCGCUGUGGGCGUUGUAUCAUUUGGACCAUCGCCUUGUGGCAUGCAAGGAUGGCCUGGUAUAUACACGAAAGUGACAGACUUUGUCCCCUGGAUUGUUAGCAAAUUGAGGCCAUAAAUGGAGAUAUCUACGAAGAAAAUCAUCUCUUGACCAUUGCCGUGGCGAGGAAAUGCGGAGUUAAAGUAUGUUACAUGAAUUAGUGUAUUUCUGUAAUCUGACUUGCAUUCUGUAGAAUAAAUUAGCCCUGCAGAGAUUCA